UCCUGCUACAGCUCUGGAACCGUGGAGGUAGACAGCCUGAGACUGGACACUUGAAAUCUUUUGAAAAAUGAUUUAAAGACAAUGUAAACAGUUUUGACCUGCUGAACAAAUGCAGACAGGAGGGGAGACAGCUUCAGGAAGGAAACAACAGAUGUGUGCUGUUUUGAAAGAGGAAAGAAUUCACUGAUCAGCACUUGGACAAAACAGAGGUACGAAGGCUCUUUUGGGGUAAUCAUGAAAAGGAAGAAGAAUUUAGUGGAGGACAGCACGACCCUCUUCGCCCUCUCUGACCACCCUGAACAAACCUACGGGAGCACAGAGAUGAGUGCAGCACCUCAGGAAAACAAAAACGUAUUUAGUGAUGGGGUUACCCACAUUGAUUUUGUCUUGGUUUGGGAAGAGUCUGUGAACCCCUUAAAGUCUGCCGAUUCAGAGGAAGAAUCUUCCAGUUCCUCACGAGAUAUUCACAGGAAGUGGAGGACAGAAUUCCUUUCAAGACUCCGGACUGCCGGCAUUCAUCAGGAGAUGAAAGAGGUUUUUCAGGGAAAAACAAAGACUACUUAUGUGCUUCUGAGCGCCACCUGGAAUGUUCUGUGUUAUUACGCUGAAGAGAUCAGCCUUCGAGUGCCAUUGCAGGUUGUGACAACUCCAAUAUCAAACUGGUCAGAGGACAUCCUGAACAAACUGCACAUUCCAAACAUCAUGGCUCAGGAUGUGCCCAACCUUCCACCAGACUACUAUACCUGCCAGUUUCGCACCAACAAACUAGAGAGGUUUCUUGGCCAUGAGAACAAGGACACCUUCUUUAAGACCACACAAAGGCAUCAGAUAUUGUAUGAGAUAUUAGCGCGGACUCCAUUUGGAGCGUUGAAGAGAGGGGAGGUUGGAGUUGGCAGGCUUGUUAGUGAAAAAGUUUUGACUGCUGCUUUUCCUCUACAUGAGGGUCCAUUUAAAAUGCCGACGGCUCCAGUAGAUCCAAAGUCUCUGAAUAUGAGACAGAUUCUGCAUCAUUACUGGGCUCGAUGGGCUUGCUGGAGGAAAUACCAACCUUUGGAUCACAUUCGCGAGUACUUUGGCGAGAAAAUAGCCCUCUACUUUGCCUGGUUGGGCUUCUACACAGGCUGGUUAUUACCAGCAGCAGUAGUGGGUUUCAUCAUAUUUUUGUUUGGAAUUUGGCUGAUGGUGACUGAUGUGCCAGCAGAAGAGCUUUGUUCCAGUGAAGACGCCUUUGUCAUGUGUCCACUCUGCAACAUCUGCAGCUACUGGAACCUCUCCAGCAUCUGCUACACCUACAAGGCAGGCUUGCUAUUUGACAAUGGAGGAACCGUGUUCUUCAGCAUAUUCAUGUCUUUGUGGGCUGUCACCUUCCUGGAGUACUGGAAACGUACAAGCUCCAUACUGGCCCACCGAUGGGACUGCUCCGAAUUUGAAGAGAUAGAGGAGAGGCCAAGGCCAGAAUUCACAGCAAUGGCCCCAAUGAUGGUUCGUAAUCCUGUGACUGGGGCUGAGGAGCCCUAUUUCCCAGAGAGUCAACGACUGAGUCGUUCUCUAACCGGCAAUAUGGUCAUCCUUCUAAUGAUUGCCAUCGUUUUGAUAUUCCUAAUUGCAAUUAUCCUCUAUCGAACUAUCCUAAGCAUCAUUAUCUACAGAUCACAUAGUGCCUUCUUCAUAUUCUCGGCUGGGAGGAUAGCUAGCCUUACUGGCUCAAUGCUAAAUUUGCUGGUUAUUCUGUUGCUGUCACGGCUCUAUACAUACCUUGCCAAAAUUCUGACAAGAUGGGAAAUGCAUCGCACCCAGACUAAAUAUGAGGACGCGUUCAUCCUCAAGGUUUUCAUCUUCCAGUUUGUCAACUUCUACUCAUCUCCUGUUUACAUUGCCUUUUUCAAGGGCAGGUUUGUUGGAUACCCUGGAAACUACAACAAUCUCCUUGGAAUCCGAAAUGAGGAUUGUGGCUCCUCUGGAUGUCUCAUUGAACUUGCUCAAGAGCUAUUGGUCAUCAUGGUAGGCAAACAGGUCAUCAGCAACAUCCAGGAAUUUGUCUUGCCUAAAUUAAAGACAUGGUGGCACAAGAGGAAGUUGAAGCCAGCUCCCAGUGUAGAAUUGAUAGAUAAACCAGACACUAAGCCAGAAAACAGCCCGUGGGUAGCAGACUAUCAGCUGCUUGUAUGUGAGGGGCUAUUUGAUGAGUAUCUGGAGAUGGUUCUGCAGUUUGGUUUCAUCACCAUCUUUGUGGCAGCCUGUCCUUUGGCUCCGGUAUUUGCCUUGAUUAAUAACUGGGUGGAAGUGCGUCUUGAUGCACAGAAGUUUGUGUGUGAGUACCGCAGGCCUGUUGUGGAGAGAGCACAAGAGAUUGGCAUCUGGCUGAUCAUCCUACAAUUCAUCUCCUACCUGGCUGUCAUUAGUAAUGCUUUCCUGAUUGCCUUUACAUCUGACUUCCUGCCGCGCCUCUAUUACCGCUACAACAAGGGCAGUAUGAGCGGCUAUAUCAACUUCACCCUCUCAGUAGCCCAAGGAAACUUCACCCAGAGCGAAAUGUCAUGCAGAUAUCGAGGCCAGAGAGAUGAGAAAGGACAGCUCACACAGGAUUACUUCCACCUGCUGGCCAUACGUUUGAGUUUCGUCAUCAUAUUUGAGCAUGUUGUACUCCUGAUUGGACGAAUUAUUGACUGGAUGGUGCCAGACAUUCCAGAGGAGGUGGAGAUUAAGAUCAAAAGAGAGCAUUAUAUGGCCAAAGAGGCACUAGCUGAGAAUCAGUCCUUGAGCAAAUCUGUUCUGGAGGAGAUGGAGAGGCAAACCUCUGAGUUGCGACACAGAUUACAGAAUCCUGCAGACAAUAUCUCCUCUUCCUUCUGUCCAUUUCCUGAACAUGAAGACAAACUUCCACUCUGACAGUCUGUCAUUUGAGACUUUUGAUAAGACAAAUUAUUGUGACACCACAAUUAAUAGAUGUUUUUGAAAACUGUUGAUUAUUAAUGCCGCAACAUUGAUCCCAUUGUGAUUAAUAAGCCUACCCUGUCCAAUUCACAUUCUAUCUUAAAUAGUGUGAAAUAGUGUGUCUAGAAUCAUACUUUGUUAAAAAAAAUAGUAUGCCAAAGGUUCAGUAAAUGUUUUUUAGGGUUCUCUUUCACCUUUUUCUGUUGAAGAUAAAUGGCAAGGAAUGUGAUGCCAAAUCUUCAACAGCAGUUUUUAAAGAUGUAAUCAAAAUUGGAAUUGUUUAUUACAUGCCUACACUACCAAAAGUUGGCAAAAGUAACUUUUAGCAUAUAUAUAUAUAUAUAUAUAUAUAUAUAUAUAUAUAUAUAUAUAUAUAUAUAUAUAUAUAUAUAUAUAUAUAUAUAUAUAUAUAUAUAUAUAUAUGUAUAUAUAUAUAUACACACACACGUUUAAAGUUCAGUAGUCUUUUCUUGCAGAAAAACAGACCAAAAAUAUUGAGGAAUCUUCUUGCACUUAGGGGCAUAUACAGAUUUCUGUAAAACUUAAACUUACUGAAAUGGAAAUUUCCCCUCCCACUAUUACACCCUUUGACCAACAGGUUAUAGCAUGUACUAUAUGGUUCAUGGCUGUUCUAUUACACCCUUAACCAACCUGUUAUAGCAUGUUGCAAAUCCAGUGGUGUAAAGUAAUUGAGUAAAAAUACUUAAGUAUUAUUUUUUUAUGAUUUGUACUUGAGUGUAAUUUAAACAGAAUGCUUGUACUUUUACUUAAUUACAUUUCCAAAGAAAAUAUAGUACAUUUUACUCCUUACAAUUUUAUUUAAACUUGAAAAGUACUCACUACAUUAUUGCAGAUAAUUUUCUUUUGUCUUACUGGACCUUUUCACUGCGUCUGAUGACAGAUGACAAACCAGAGGUCAGUCAUUUCAAUUGCAGUGUCGCACAGCGGCUGUGUGGAGUUCCGACCAACUGCCGAGCCGGAAUUUCAGAUCUGGUUUGAGCUUUGGAUACGUUGAUAUAUUUGUGUGACUAGACCAUAUGUGACCGCUCAACUGAAUGUAACGCAUUCAUGCAAAACUAUGAGCACAAAGUGAUAAACACUGACGGGUUUUUCCUAAACUUUAUUCCAAACAUCUGCUACUUCUAAAGAUUGGACAGUUACGAAGUCCAAAAUUAUAAUUCACGUUGCAAAUAUAUUUAUAUAUGAAAACAAAAGGCUUUUGUAAUUAAUUGUGUACAUGUCAUUUAUUUCUACACUUGCCUUUAUAUUUAAAUCAUAUCUAUGAAUUUCUACUCCCUAUUUGCUGAAUUAUUGUUGUUGUUGUUGUUGUUGUUGUUGUUGUUAGGCAACUAUUAAUUAUAAUAAUAACUCUAAAACCAGCAAUGAUAAUGAUGAUAAUAAAUGGAAUCUGAGUAAAUAUUAAUUAUAAUUAAAUAUUAAUUUUAUUGAAUUCAUCCAUCUGCUCAACAGCAAGGUUUGGUAGCAAACCUCAGAAAAUAUUAAUAAAACCAACAACAUUACUAACUU